AUGGAUUCCAAUCCAUCUACCCACAACUCUAAAUUUGUUGAACUACUUCAUAGUCAACAAAGUAUCUCCUUCGGUAACUAUGAAUAUUAUCACAAAUUCUCUUCAUCACAACCUUUCUUUCUUCACACUCAAGGAACCGCAGAUGGUGGCGAGACAGCUUCAGAUCGUAGAGAGCGAAGGAAAUGGACGCCGGCUGAUGAUAUCUUGCUCAUCAGCUCGUGGUUAAACACGAGCAAGGAUCAUGUGGUUGGCAACGAACAAAAAUCUGGAACAUUUUGGAAAAGAAUUUCCGCAUACUUUGCGGCAAGUCCUCGGGUUGCUGGCUGCGAAGGGAGAGAGGCUACCCAUUGCAAGCAGCGUUGGCACAUGAUCAAUGACUUUGUGUGCAAGUUCUGCGGUGCGUAUGAAGCUGCUACCAGAGAGAAAGCUAGCUGCCAGAACGAGAAUGAUGUUGUGAAACAUGCUCAUACAAUAUUCUACAACAACUACAAGAAGAAAUUUACUUUGGAACACGCUUGGAAUGAACUACGCAACGACCAGAAGUGGUGCACCCUUAUGACUGCUAAAAAGGAUGUAAGCUCGAAGAAGAGGAAGUGUGAGGAUGGAGAUGAUUCAGAGACCUCUCAAGCUACAGAGAACAAGCGUCCCCCGGGUGUGAAGGCCUCAAAGGCAAGUGGUAAGAAGAAGGUGGUAGACGAGAAAAAUCUGGAUGAGUUUGAGACAAUGUGGACGAUCAAACAGCAGGAUUUGGUCCGCUAAAGAGAAGCUGUCUAAAAUGAAUAUGCUUCAAAGUCUUUUAAGAAAAAAUGAACCUCUUGCUGGCUAUGAAGAAUCACUCAAGAAGAAGCUCAUAAAUGACUUGUUCUAAAUUAGGUUGCGUGUUUUGUUUCAUGUUUAGGUUAUUGUUCUUCUGAUGUAGAGUGGAGUGCUCGUGUGAUGCAGAGUGGAGAGUUCAGGUCUUGUCGUCGAGUCUCUUGUACUCUUCUGUCACGAGAGUGGAAGAGUGUGACGAGUCUUGUCGUAGAAAUGUAUGUGUGUGUUCUUCUGUUGUGUCACGAGUCUCUUGUAUCUUGUUUUGUUUGUCAUGAGUUUGUCCUAGUCUUGUAGUGUUGUGUCACAAGUGACAGAAUGUUGUAAGUCUUGUAGUGUUGUGUCACAUGGCUUGUAGUGUAGUGUCCUGAGUCGAGUCUUGUUCUCUAUAUAACAUUAGCUUAUGCAUACAUUUUCUUUCACAAA